AUGUCUGAAGCACCAAAGAAGAAGCCGGCCUGGAAGACGGCCCGAAACAAGGAGCUCCGUAAGGAUCUCAAGCGGGUGGAGAGCCACACCCAGGAGGCCAAGGAGGCGGCGAAAAAGACAGAAAUGCUGCUGUUGGAGGAACAGGGCUUUCUAGAGGCCGAAAACGAAAUGGAGGCGACCCACAAGGUGACGCAGGAGGAGAUCAAGGCGUCGGUUGAUAUUUCCACCAAGAAAAAGGCCUACGACCUCAAGCUGCCCGACUUUGGCCCCUAUGACAUCAACUUCACCCGAACAGGCCGAAAGCUGCUCAUUGGAGGCCGAAAGGGCCAUGUGGCAGCGUUUGACUGGCGAGAGGGACGUCUACAGUUUGAACUCAACCUCAACGAGACUGUUCGUGCGGUCCAGUGGCUCCAUAACGACCAAUACUUUGCUGUGGCCCAGAAAAGGAAUGUCUUCAUCUAUGACCACCAGGGAUCCGAAGUACACAGACUCAAGCAGCAGAUCGAAAUGACCAACCUCGAUUUCCUGCCCUACCACUACCUGCUCGUAUCGUCGGGUCUCACCAGCAUGCUCUUUUACCAGGAUGUAUCUAUUGGUAAGCAAGUGGCUGCCUUCAAGACCAGACUGGGCCCCACCACCUCCCAGUGCCAGAACCCCUAUAAUGCCAUCAUGAAUCUCGGCCACUCCAACGGAACCGUGACCAUGUGGUCGCCCAACGUGGACGAGCCUCUGGUCAAGAUGCUGGCCCAUCGAGGCCCCGUGAACGACGUUUCUGUCGACCGAUCAGGACGAUACCUGGCCACGGCUGGCUCCGACUCGUCCGUCAAGGUCUGGGAUAUCAGAAACACCUACAAGGAGGUGCUGCGUCUGCCCCGAACCAAGGUGGCGCCCCAGACGGUUAACUGGUCUGACUCCAACCUGCUUUCUGUGGGCCACGGAAACACCAUCACCGUGUGGAAGGACGUGCAAUCUGCUCCUCGACCCAAGCAGCCCUAUAUGCAACACAACAUGCAUCCCGACUGGAAGGUGAGCAGCGCGCAGUUUGUGCCGUUUGAAGACAUCCUUGGAGUAGGCCACUCCGAGGGCUUCUCUUCACUCAUCAUUCCCGGAGCCGGAGAGGCCAACUUUGACGCUCUGGAAGUCAACCCUUACCAGACGCGACACCAGCGACGAGAGGAGGAGGUGCGAACACUGCUGCAGAAGCUCCAGCCCGAGAUGAUCACCAUGGAUCCCGAAGACAUUGGACGAAUCGCCAUGGACAAGGACCGGCGACGAAAGACGGCCCGAGAGCAGAUGGAGGAGAUCACGGAGCCCAACAAGAAGCGGGCACAAGAGUCGGACGACGACAUGCCCGAGCUGCAACCCCAUCUGGCCGACGAGGAGACGGCCGUCAGCAAGGAGCUGCAAAAGAAGAAAAAGAAGGGUGUGGUGGACGAGCGGCAGAUGCGACUGGAGCAGCUUCAGGAGCGAGAGCGACGAAUGCGAGAGAACAAAAAGCGACGACUGGAGGAGGGAUAUGUGGAGGAGUACGUGUCUCCUGCUAUCUCCAGAUUUCAGCAGAGACAAUAG